AUGAAAGAGCCCUCGGAAAAAGCCCACGACGACUUCAAUGGAUCUGGUUAUCUUGAGCCCUGCGUCGCUCCGAUGUUCGGCGCGUCCACCUCGACGGCCCCCGCUGCCGUAGGCCGCCUCCUGAGGUUCGGGGCCGCGGCCUUCGUUGUCGGGGCCAUCCUGAUGUUGUGUGCGUCCAUCGGAGCGUCCUACCUCUGGAGAGCCAACGAUAAGAACGUCUACAACGUUCACUACAGCAUGAGCGUCGACGGCGAGACCAGGCGGGGAUCCGUGGAAAUCGAUCCCGGUCGAAACCUGGAGCGGUUCAGGACCGGCAGCGGGGACGAGGAGGCGGUGGAGAUCCACGACUUUCAAAGCGGAAUCACUGGAAUCCGCUUCUUCCGAGGAGGGAAGUGCUACGUCAAGUCUCAAACCAAAGCCAACCUCCCGGAUAUGGGACUUCACGCCAAAGAGCCGUCGACCUUUGACCUGACGGAGGAAACCUUGCCAGUGAAGUUUGACGAGGACUCUCUGGUUUGGGUUGCUGCGGACCGACCCCUGAAGGACGCCACAUUCCUGAGCGCCAAAAUCCUGGAUCUCUGCGGGGACUUGCCAAUUUACUGGCUGCAUCCUUCCCACCCUAAAGAUGGAGAGAGGCGAAAAAGAGACGCGCAGCGAGCCAAGCGGCAGUUUAACGCCGAGGAGUUGGAGGCAGCCGCCGAGGAGGGGAACUCGGCGGGCCUUUCGCGCGACGACACCUCCAGAGCCGGAGAAGGGGAGGAAGAGGAGGCGCAGUCUGCCGCCGGGUCGGGCUUCAAUCCAGAAAACCCCUAUCACCGCAGGGCACCGGCGGGAGAGGAAGGCAGCCUGACCUUUGACCCCAUGCUGGACCACCUGGGGAUCUGCUGCUCGGAGUGCAGGCGCAGCUACACCCACUGCCAGAGAAUAUGCGAGCCCCUGGGCGGCCACUGGCCCUGGCCCUACAACUACAGGGGGUGCCAGGUGGCCUGCCGAGUGAUUCUGCCUUGCCGCUGGUGGGUGGCGCGUAUUCUCGGCGUCGUGUGA